AUGCCUCCCUAUUCAGCAAGGAACAAAGUUCCGACUAUACAGAAACUCGCUACAGAGCUCUCCCACAGACUUAACCUCCAAAAUGCCGAUGCAUCGAAAGCCGCGUCUGGAAGCGAAUCCGACAAGAUCAAAGCAGCCAAGGCAGCGUCUAGAAGAAAGGUUGUCGACCCUACAACCAAAAACGAAGUGGUUAUCCAAGAUGUCGAUGGGGAUUUUGAACAAUCAAUUAGGAAACCCAAGAUCACAGUCCCCACGGCGAGCAUGAAUCCCGUGCGUGCUCCACAAGUAAACAGUAUUCCUGGAGUACCACUUCCUCACCUUCCCGAGGGUUCUGGUGAAGAGUACAGAGCCACUCUGGAUGACUUGGCUCCACCUGAAGCCAAUCCAGACAAGACCCAAGAUUAUCUACACCAUUCCAAGAACCACGAGGUUAUCUACCACCCACUUCCAAUUGCAGACCUCAAACGCUCCUUUAGUGCUCUAGAAGGGGCUGUCCAACAAAGUUCUGCUGUCAUAAUCAUUGGCAUCAUUGCGCUCAACUGGCUUUUUGUUCACAGGGGCUGGAAAGGUUUGAUUGCCUCGGUUUUUGCGGGUAUUAUUGUAUCUUGCGGAAUUCAUCUCUGGCUUCGGGGUGUCCAGGAAGGUGCCAAUGCUAUCAACUGGGACGCUGAACGCAAACGAGCUAAAGCGGCGACUGAAUCACUAGUCCCUGAAAGUGUCGAAUGGAUGAACUCGUUAGUAGGGGUCGUUUGGGGCCUGAUAAAUCCCGAUAUGUUCGCAUCGAUGGCCGACACGCUGGAGGAUGUCAUGCAGGCAUCAGUUCCUCCGUCAUUAAUCCAGAACGUACGGGUAUCAUCGAUAGGUCUAGGAGAUCAACCAAUCAAGGUCUUGUCUCUAAGAGCUCUCCCAUCGGCAGAGGAAGACCAAGGGGCAAAAUCAAAUCAUGAGAGUCAAGAAGAUAGAGAUAAGAAGAAGGAACAACGUGAACUAGAAGGAGAAACCGAUGAGAAUUCCAAGUACUAUAACCUUGAGAUGUCUUUUGCGUAUAGUGCUGUACCCGCAACAGGAGUCAUCGGAAAGGCUAAGAAUUUGCAUCUCGAAGUUGUUUUCUACCUUGGAGUGCCAGGGCUGAUCGGAAUCCCAUUACCCAUCUUCGUCGAGCUAAACGGCAUCAUCGGCACGGUCAGACUCCGCUUCCAGCUCACCCCAAACCCUCCAUUCCUCAAGAAUGUUACCUUUACAUUCAUGGGUCUACCAAAAAUUGCUGCAUCUGCCGUACCACUUACUUCUAAAGGAAUUAACGUACUUGAUCUACCGCUUAUCUCUAGCUUCAUCAACUCAUCGAUCGCUGCAGCCCUGGACAUUUAUGUUGCUCCAAAAUCUCUGAUUAUGGAUUUGUCCAAGUUAAUCCAAGGCGAUGCCAUCAAGAAAGAGACGGACGCCACUGGACUUAUCUACAUCAAGAUCAAACGAGCAGAAGGCAUUUCAGCUCAAGAUCGAUCUGGCAAGAGCGAUCCUUUCAUAACAUUAGCCUUUUCAGAGUUUGGAAAGCCCGUGUAUUGUACAAGGAUUAUCGAACAAGAACUGAAUCCGUCUUGGAAUGAGCAGACCUGCCUUCUAAUUUAUCAAGAUCAACUUACAUCUGGCGAGAAACUAUCGGUUGAGUUAUGGGACUCUGAUAUGGUUACAGCCGAUGAUGUUGUUGGGAAGAUCGACUUCGAUCUUAGAGACCUCACCAAGGAUUAUGCCAAUACAAUAACUGAAAGGAGCGACGAGCUGCAUGAUGAGAAAGGCAAGCCAUUGCCUGGAAAACUGUUUUGGGAAAUAGGGUAUUUCCCUCGCUCCAAUUUCAAAAAGUCUUUGAAAACGGACGGAACAGAUGUCAGCGUGCCAGAAGAAAUUCGACACAGGCCGGAGUUUGCAGAUGACAAGGGCACGGUCACGACCGAUGAGGAGGCACAGGUCACUACAACUCCUCCUGACCCUUCACUGCCAACUGGAAUUUGCUCGAUAUUAAUUCACCAGGUCGACAACCUUGAAGUAGAAAGACCUUCGGGAAGUUUUGGAUCAUAUAAGCCAUGGACACCUGCUCAGAUCACUGGAGAAAAUACCGACGAAGAGCAUCACGACUUGCCAUCAUCCUACUGUACCAUAUUGCAGAACGAUGAACUAGCUUUCAAAACACGAACAAAGGUCAAGUCCUCGAACCCAAUCUUCAAUGCUCAGACGGAAAGAUUUGUACGGGACUGGCGAACCGCUGUGUUCACAGUGACCUGCUGGAAUUCAGUUCAUCGCGAGCACGACUCUAUCCUUGGAGCAUGCACCUUGAAGCUGAGUGAAAUUUUGCAGACAGCGUCUCAAAAGACAGCCAUAUACGCGCUUGAUGGCGGCAUGGGCUAUGGAAGAAUUAUGAUAUCUGUGCUCUUCCGUUCAGUUGAUCUUCAAUUACCAAAGAACCUUUUAGGCUGGGACCUAGGCUCACUUGAAAUAUUGGGUGAGAGAGUCUCUGUCGAAAAUGACGAAAGCGGUUACUUGUCGAGCUCUCGAAUGGUCGUGCAUACAGAUGUUGGAAAGAGUAGCAUUUCCCGCCGAUGGAUCGAAAAGGACGAAAGGGGAGCCUCUUGGAAUCUUCAGCGAGUUAGGGAAGGAAGCAACGAUUUACAGAAACGCCGAAUUCUUGUACCUGUUCGAAGACGAUACCAGGCUCCUGUCAAGAUUGAAUUCUUCAACCAAAGCUCCCGGAAGCCGGUGGCAUACGCUGUAUACUGGCUGUGCGAUCUAGUGGACAACACUGAAACCGUUUUAAGUCUUCCUGUUUACAAGUCUCCAAUGCCAAAACAAUUGGUGCAGAAUUACAUUUCGAAUAUCGACAGGGACAAGAUUGAGUCGGAGAAAAUUGGGACUAUUAAGAUGACUGUGAGAUUCAAGAUGGGGAUGGAUGACACGCAUCAACAAUGGCUCACAACGAACAACGAUCGAGAGAGUUAUGAAUCAUGGUUAUGCAGUGUUGCUGAAGGCUACCGCACUAGAAUUGUCAAGCGCGAAACCUCUGAUACAGUCAAGGAUGUUCUGUCCUCACCUAGCACUACAGGCACUUCAAAUGAUGGCGAGGAUCAAGAUGGGGAUAUCGAUGAAAAUGGACCUGUCACCCGGGUCCCGCGCGAAGCUCCAGGAUUUGAGAGAGAAAUCGAUGAUUAUCACGAGACGACAACAGAUGAGCAAUGGAACGGAACUUUCGGUCACGAACUCGAACAAUACGUCUCCAGCCCAACGACAAUCUACUCGGACGACGACUCCUCAUUAGGUGUACAGGAAGAUCUCACCGAUUCCGAAAUCGAGGAUGAGGAUCUGAAAAAAAGACGCCAGAAACAGGAUCAAAGCGCUGCCAAGGCGGAGCUGCAUCGCAAACACCGCGGCAGAAUGAAUAUCAAGGCGAUACGACAUAUGAAGUUCCUCAAGGAUGAGGCUAAGGUUGCGGGUCACAAGCUUAAGGGCAAAUUUAGCAUGAAGGGUAGAGAGCCAGGAGUGGAAACCGAGUUGUGA